UUUAAGUGUUUCUUUUAGCUUGUCUAAAGAGGAGGAAGUAAGGAACAGCUUGUGUGGAGAAUACACGUUCUGCUUCUUCCUCUCCAAACUUUCCGAUAUUUUCUUUAUAUCAUCCAAAAAAAAAAGAAAAACGAAAGAAAGAAGAAGAGAAGAAACGUUGAGAUCUUCGUCUUAUUCUUCCAAUGGCUCGAAUCUCUGUCCAUUCUAUCUUUCCUUUUAUGUUUCCCCUUUUGUUCGUCUCAGGGGUAUUGUCGGCAACAUUCACGAUAACCAAUAACUGCGGCUACACAGUAUGGCCGGGAGUGCUAUCAGGAGCAGGGACCGCAGAACUAUCGACCACUGGGUUCGCUCUUUCCAAGGGUGAGUCGAGUACCAUCACCGUCCCGGCAUCUUGGUCGGGUCGGUUAUGGGGACGUAGCCUUUGUACCGAGGAUUCAAGUGGGAAGUUCUCGUGCGUAACCGGGGACUGUGGGUCGGGGAAGGUAGAAUGCCUAGGGGGCGGCGCUGCCCCUCCUGCAACUCUGGCUGAGUUCACCUUAAACGGCGCCGGUGGCCUGGACUUCUACGAUGUGAGCCUGGUGGAUGGAUAUAACCUUCCAAUGCUGAUAGUGCCGCAGGGAGGUUCGGGAGGGAACUGCAGCAGCACUGGGUGCUUGGCGGACCUCAACGCUGCCUGCCCUUCCGAACUCAAGGUGUCAAACGUGGAUGGGAGCGAGAGCGUGGCCUGUAAGAGCGCAUGUGAAGCCUUUGCACAGCCUCAAUACUGCUGUAGUGGCGCUUACGCCAAUCCUAACACGUGCAAGCCAACUUCUUACUCUGAGAUCUUCAAACAGGCGUGCCCUCGUGCCUAUAGCUACGCCUACGAUGAUGGCACCAGUACCUUCACUUGUGCUUCUGCCAAUUACAUUAUCACCUUCUGCCCUUCUCUUACCACCAGUCAGAAAUCGUCGGAAGGGAAACAUCCAGAAGCGGCCGACGUACCUGCGCUCAACGGGUCGAUGGUGUUCUUAGGGGGUAAUUACGCGAGCGGGGCGUCAUCGAACAUGCAGCGACAGCAAGCGUUGGUGGCAGGUGCCUUGGCUAUUUUGGCGGCAUUUUGGAGGUUGUGCCAGAUUUUCUGACUUUGGUUCCGCUAACUUGUAUCACAAUCCUCCAAAUUCCAAAAUUAAUAAGAGGUUUUUAUGGAGAAGUGGAUGGAGAGAGAGAGAGAGAGAGAGAGAAAGAGAGAGAGAGAGAGGGUGGGGGCAUUUCCUCUGUUUCGUCCACUGAACUCAACUCCUAUCCAUAUGAUAGAUAAUACGGAUGGACCCGAAAAUAUUUUGUCCGAGCCUGCGAUCGAGAGGAGAGAAACGUUCGGAAGUCGCAUGCACCACAUUAAAUUUUGGCCGGCCUUCUCUCUCUCUCUCUCUCUCUCUCUCUCUCUUCUCUCAUUUUUUUUAUUAUUUUUAUAUUAUUAUUAUUUGUUUUAACGGGGAGAUCCGGAAGAAAAAAAAAAAAAAGUGGUGAAAGCAAUAGAAUUUGGGGAAUUGUUAUAUGAAUUUUUAAUACUAAAUGAAGGGACGAGGUUUAUUUGGAAUUGGGCCGGGGGAGGGGGGUUGUGCCGGUAUAUGUAAUCAUUGCCUAGUAAGGCCAAAAAUAUAUAUAUAUAUAUAUGAUGACGUUCCUGCUAUUGUUAUUUGUUC